CAGGGCAUGUUUUCGAGCCAUUUGUGAGGAAAUGUGGUGAAUGUAAACUUGCUCUGUUGGGGGGGAAAUUGUGCUGAGGCUCGCAUUAGCCCUUUUGGCCACAGCCUUGCGUGGGGAGUUCAUGUCGAGCUGAUUGCUUCCCAGGACCCCGGGUCUCAUAUUCAGUCUCUGCUUCGGAGGAUAGAGUCCUCUCUCUCCCUCUCAUCCUGAUUUUAGAUAAUGGGCUGUGUGCAAUGUAAGGAUAAAGAAGCAACAAAACUGACUGACGAGAGGGAUGGCAGUUUAACUCAAAGCUCAGGCUACCGCUAUGGGACAGACCCUACUCCGCAGCACUAUCCCAGCUUUGGUGUGACUUCAAUCCCAAACUACAACAACUUCCAUGCCACAGGAGGCCAAGGACUGACCGUGUUUGGUGGAGUCAACUCCUCCUCUCAUACAGGGACGCUGCGCACAAGAGGAGGAACGGGUGUGACUCUUUUUGUGGCGCUUUAUGACUAUGAAGCAAGAACGGAAGAUGAUUUGAGUUUUCACAAAGGAGAAAAAUUCCAGAUACUUAACAGCUCGGAAGGAGACUGGUGGGAGGCCCGUUCCUUGACAACAGGAGAAACUGGUUACAUUCCCAGUAAUUAUGUGGCUCCAGUUGAUUCCAUCCAGGCAGAGGAGUGGUACUUUGGCAAGCUUGGCCGAAAAGAUGCCGAGAGGCAGCUGCUGUCGUUUGGAAACCCCAGAGGUACCUUCUUGAUCCGGGAAAGCGAAACUACCAAAGGUGCCUAUUCCCUGUCUAUUCGAGACUGGGAUGAUAUGAAAGGAGAUCAUGUCAAACAUUACAAGAUUCGUAAACUUGACAAUGGUGGAUAUUAUAUCACAACUCGGGCACAAUUUGAAACUCUUCAGCAGCUGGUUCAGCAUUACUCAGAGAGAGCUGCAGGUCUUUGCUGCCGCUUAGUAGUCCCCUGUCAUAAAGGAAUGCCAAGGCUUACUGAUCUGUCUGUCAAAACCAAAGAUGUCUGGGAAAUUCCACGAGAAUCCCUACAGUUGAUCAAGAGACUGGGAAAUGGGCAGUUUGGGGAAGUAUGGAUGGGUACGUGGAAUGGAAAUACUAAGGUGGCUAUCAAGACCCUGAAGCCUGGCACCAUGUCUCCAGAAUCCUUCUUAGAGGAAGCCCAAAUCAUGAAGAAGUUAAAACAUGACAAAUUGGUCCAACUUUAUGCUGUGGUGUCUGAAGAGCCUAUCUAUAUUGUCACAGAGUACAUGAGUAAAGGGAGUUUGCUAGAUUUCUUGAAGGAUGGAGAAGGAAGAGCUUUGAAGUUACCGAAUUUGGUGGACAUGGCGGCCCAGGUGGCCGCGGGAAUGGCGUACAUCGAGCGGAUGAAUUACAUACACAGAGACCUGCGGUCUGCAAACAUCUUGGUGGGCAACGGCCUAAUAUGCAAGAUUGCUGACUUUGGAUUGGCAAGGCUGAUUGAAGACAAUGAGUAUACAGCCAGACAAGGUGCAAAGUUUCCCAUUAAAUGGACUGCACCAGAAGCGGCACUGUACGGAAGGUUCACAAUAAAGUCAGACGUGUGGUCUUUUGGGAUCCUGCUGACAGAGCUGGUAACAAAAGGGAGAGUGCCAUACCCAGGCAUGAAUAACCGUGAAGUCUUGGAGCAAGUAGAACGAGGUUAUCGGAUGCCGUGUCCUCAGGACUGUCCCAUCUCCUUGCAUGAGCUUAUGAUUCACUGCUGGAAAAAAGACCCAGAGGAGCGCCCAACUUUUGAAUAUUUACAGGGUUUUCUUGAAGACUACUUCACUGCAACAGAACCCCAGUACCAGCCUGGUGACAACCUGUAAAUCCCUGGUUUCCAGACACUGUCAUGAAUUACCAGGUGUUUCUCAGCCCCGUCCCACCUGCUCUCCACCUUCCAGCUCUGUGAUCGGCUUCUCCAGAGUGCAACAUCUUCCAGCACUGCAGUGCACAGGAGGGGCUGAAGCUGGGAACUUCCACAGCCCUUGCCUAUGACCACUUGUCCUAAUAAUCUGAAUGUCCUGGAUGAAAAGGAGAAAAACACUUGUUUUUUCUUAAUCAGAGACUCCAAAACUGCAUUGUAUUGAUGUUAUGUAAACUGCAAAACCUCUGUUCAUUGUAAAUAGUAACUCAGUGCCAAUAACUGAUCCUAGUGCUUUCCUUUUUUUAAAAUGCAAAACUUAUGUGAUUUUAACUAGUCUUCUCCUGAUUCAACUAAAAGUAUUAUUUUCCAGAAGUGGCCUCUUUGUCUAAAACAUUUUUUUUCCAUGUUUUAACAAAUAAAAAAAUCAGGACAGGUGUUUGGGUUUUUGCU